UGUGGACUAUGGCGUCAUGCGGGAGCUAUUUGGGCAGCUGGCGGCGCUGAUCGAUCAGUACCCGAGGCUCAAGGCUGAGAGCCGCUUCGUGUUCGUGCCGGGUCCUGACGACACGGGCCCAGGCGCCAUCCUGCCUCAGCCGCCGCUGCCGCGCUGUCUGACGGGGGAGCUGCGGCGGCUGCUGCCCACCGCGGUGUUUGCGUCCAACCCCUGCCGCCUGCGCUAUGCCACUCAGCGCAUUGUGCUGUUUCGACAUGACCUGCAGAGGCGGCUGCGGAGGCGGACGCUGCUGCCGCUUGCAGGUGCCCCCGAAGGCUCCGCUGCCGCUGCCGCCACCGCACCCUCCGCCUCCCAAGCCUCCCAGGCGGCCGCCGCCGCCUCCUCCUCCGCCCUGUGGGGUCACCUCUCGUUGACGCUGCUGCAGCAGUCCCACCUGGCCCCCCUGCCGCUGCUGGCGCAGCCGGUGUACUGGCAGCACGACAGCGCGCUGGGGCUGUACCCGCUGCCUGAUGCAGUCAUCCUGGCGGAUGCGACGGCGGGGCCGCAGGAGGAGUUUGUGCACGAGGGAUGCCGGGUGCUGAAUCCGGGUUCCUUCCCCAGCGGCUACUUCGCCGCCUACCUGCCCUGCGUGCAGCAGGUGGAGAUGAGCGAGCUGCCUCGACCGGGACAGGAGGGAGCAGGGGAGGACGGAGAGGAAGAGGAGGCAGACGGCUUGGGCCAGCACCGGC